AUGGCAGUGGUCGUUGGGCUGUUGGUCACCCUAACGUACGGGUACGACUGGCCAAUCGUCGACUUCCCAUGCGAUCAGGCGGAGAUCGACGCCACCAAAUGUUUAGGCGCGAAGGACUGCCUAUACCCGCACCCGUCCAACUGUAACCGUUUCAUACAGUGUAACGACGCCGGCCUGGCGUACGACAUGCCCUGCCCGGCGACCCUGCACUUCAGCAACAGCAAGAAGGAGUGCGAUUACCCCGCAGUGGCCGGUUGUGACCCAAAGCCAAAGCCGCCCACCACCACUACUCGCAAACCUGCGCCGGGA